CCUUCUUAUUCUCCUCCUUUUAUCCUUCUCUUGACCAAGACUAUUUAUUUCCCCUUUCAAACACUUCUCCAAUCUUUCUUUCUCCUGUCUAUAACUUUUUCUUUUCAAAAUUUCAGCUUAUUGACCAUAAUGACUAAGGAAAAUAUUCUUUUCAUGGGCACUGUCCGUCAUGCAAAGGCACAGGAAGCUGAACUUGCGGCAAAAUACAACAUCUAUUAUGCAGGAUCAACUCGGGAACUAUUGGAGGAACAACUCAAGAAUGCUAAACGCCAGGGUCUCACCUUCAAGGCCCUGUAUCGAGGAUAUGCUUCACAUUAUACCCUUGGACGAGUUGAUGGACCUUUACUCGGCUUAUUUUCCCCUGGCCUUGAAUUGAUCAGCAGUGUUGGGGCUGGAUACGAUUUUGUAGAUGUAGUUGUGGCCACUCGCAAUAAACAAUGGGUCACCAACACCCCUGGAGUUGUGGAUGAUGCCACAGCAGAUGCAACAAUCCUCUUGAUGUUGAGCACCCUUCGUCGUUACUACGAAAUCGAGUAUGCAAUGCGUAACGGUCUGACGCCGACUCAGAAACCCAGGAUUGGUCGUGAUCCUACAAACAUGACUCUCGGCAUCGUGGGCUUGGGUGGAAUCGGAAAAGCGGUCGCCAAACGUGCGUUGAGCUUGGGGAUGAAGGUAAUCUACUAUAAUCGCCGUCCCAUCUCCAUCCCCUCUUCUCCUUCAGAAAAUACAACAGAAAAAGAAUAUUCUUUCUUGAGAGAUGUCGAGUAUGUUGCUUCACUGGAUCAACUCUUACAGACCGCAGACGUAGUCUCGAUUCAUGUCCCGCUCUCUCCAGAGACCCAUCAUCUGUUUGGAAAAGACCAAUUUCUCAAGAUGAAACAAGGCUCUUACUUGAUCAACACAUCACGAGGACCCGUUGUGGAUGAGGAAGCUUUAGUUCAAGCUUUAGAAUCCGGUCAUCUGGCCGGUGCAGGCUUAGAUGUCUAUGAGAACGAACCCAAGGUCCACCCAAAGCUUUUGAAGAACAUGAACGUUGCAUUGAUGCCCCAUCUAGGUGCGUUCACUAUCGAGACCAUCACUAAGAUGGAGACCUUAAGCAUGAAAAACAUCGACCUCUACUUCUCCACAGGAUCUUUGCUCACCCCUGUCAAUAAUUUUAACAAAAAAGGAACACUACCCUAGCUCUUCAUUAUCUUUACAAACCCAAAUAAACAACAUCAAGU